GAUUUGACAUCGCUGCUGCCGUGCUGAGUUUGGUGAGAAGACUGCAAGAUGUUUGUCAAGGUGCUGCUCGCCCUGCUGCUUCUGCUGCCAACUCACGUCAUCUUCAGCCACGCUCAAGAGGAGGAGACAACCGAAGCCUGGACCAGCAAAUCCUGCAACUGUGACUGUGAUGGAGGCGUGGCACCCACUGACUCCUCCCCCAUUGGCUCCUCCUCCUCCUCCUCCUCCUCAGUUCGUGGAGUGGACUGCAUGCCAGAAUGUCCUUACCACAAACCUCUGGGCUUCGAGGCGGGAUCAGUGAGUCCAGAACAGAUCAGCUGUUCCAACCAGGACCAGUACACUGGAUGGUUCUCUUCCUGGCUGCCCAGCAAGGCACGCCUCAACACUCAAGGCUUUGGGUAAACACUGGUAGUCUUACU